AGCGGAUAGAACAUACGAUUCUCAUACUCUGGGUGCUGCACCUCGCUUGAUUACCCGAGAUUAGUUUGUCACAAGGGAGACUCUCGUCCAAGAUUUAUCGUGCUUGUUUAAUUCAACAAGGAAGACUCUUCUUGCUUGUCUGCAGGACACAACAGCAGCAGUUUCUCUUGAUAUCAAAUUGGCCUCGUCAUCGCUCGCAGUAUUAGUGACCUGUCGACAGUAUGAACCCUCACAAGCAAAACAAGGUGGAUCUCAAUUCUCUCAGUCCUGAUGAGCAACGUUUACUUCGACUUUACGGCAAAGUGCCUACCAAGAAGGACCUUCUCCAGAAUAAAUUAAAGGAACGGAAAUACUUCGACUCAGGCGACUAUGCGCUAAGCAAGGCCGGAAAGGCAUCUGAUGUUGGAGUGACCAGCAUUGGAUCUCGCCAUCCUGUUCCCGAAAACAUCCCUCAUCUGACGGCAACCUCCCCUGGCGCCCAGAACCCAGGAAACAAUGGCAACGGUGCUGGCACCCCAGCAACCCAGGCCCAUCCAAUUCCAGGUACUAUCAGUGGCCAUCCAGGAUCCACCAACUUCCAAAGCCGUAGCCCCGUGAAAGAAGCGAGCUUUUUGCAACGCGGUACCAACGCCGAGGACUCUGAGAAAACAGACGAAGACCAGAAGAAAGAUGAGGAUCCUAGCGUCAGCCCUCCUGUAGUAAAAGAAGGCGUGCCCAUUCGACAAUAAAUGCCCGAAAAAAGAAGGGUUUUGGGGAGGG